AUGUUCGCGAUCUUGUACAUUGUUGUGGUGAUAAUAUUGCUGGCUGUGAUGGUGGGACUCUAUCAGAAAAACACCAACGCUAUGUGCAAAUCGAAGAAAAGACUUGAUGGGAAGACCACCAUCAUCACUGGCGGCACCACUGGCAUUGGCCUAAGAAUUGCUAUCGAUUUCGCCGACCGAGGCGCCAAGGUGAUCAUAGCAUGCCCUUACUCUGACGAAGGAGCCAGCGCUAUAAAAACGGUUAAUGACAAAACCGGCAGCGAAAAAGUGAUUUAUAAAUACCUCGACCUUGCCUCCCUGGAUUCCGUGCGGAAGUUUGCAGCAGACAUUAUGAACACUGAAGACAGACUUGACAUUUUAGUCAACAACGCUGGAGUUGGUAUUGUCGGUGAUUUUCUAACCAAAGACGGCCUGAAUUUUAUAAUGCAAGUAAACUAUUUUGGACAUUUCCUCUUAACGCUAUUACUUCUGCCACUUUUGAAGAAGACAGGAAGGCCUUCGGAACCAACUAGGAUAGUAAACAUGUCAUCAAUACUUCACAAUAUUGGCAAGAUCGAUUUGGAAAAUUUAAACAAAACUAAUUAUUGGUACAAGAUUCAAAUCUACGGUCACAGUAAGCUAGCACUGGUAUUGUUCGCUCGAGAACUUACUUGUAGGUUGAGGGACAGCAGGGACACACAUGUCGUUAUCAAUUCUGUAGACCCCGGUCUAGUUGGGACAAAUAUUUAUUAUUCGGCAGGUUCCAUCAGAGGAGUAAUUAUAAAGUUUCUGUGUUAUACUUUGUGUAAAACACCAUGGGAAGGAGCUCAAACUGCUAUCCACGUGGCGAUGGAUAAGAAGGCAGGUGAAGUCAGCGGGGAAUUCUUCAAAAACUGCAAGCAGGCAACAGCGCACCGGAGUGCUUACGACAAGAAAGUUGCAAAGCAGCUGUGGGAAGAAUCAGUUAGACUUGUGAAAAUGAAUGACAAAGAACUCAAUAGUUGCUUCCUUGAUUUGUAA